GAGAGGAAAGCGAUAGUUGUCAUACCGAGGGGCAAAUAACUCAUGGUUUCCAAUGAAUAACUGCCCCUGGAGCUCCACCGCCAGCUGACGACCUGCCCUGCGCGACGCACGCGGACGAGGAGCGACUCUCGCGCGAUCCUGAGAGGAGUGUCCAGCUCUUCAGGCAUGGCUCAGCCCAGCUCGUGUGCUCAGGGCAGUAAUGGUGUUGCAGACGAAUCUCCCAACAUGCUGGUCUACAGGAAGAUGGAGGACAUCAUCGCCCGCAUGCAGGACGAGAAGAGCGGCAUCCCCAUCCGCACCGUCAAGAGCUUUCUGUCCAAGAUCCCCAGCGUAUUCUCAGGAUCUGAUAUUGUCCAGUGGAUGCAGAGGAACCUGAGCAUUGAAGACCAAGUGGAGGCUCUUCAUCUGGGUUCUCUGAUGGCGGCUCAUGGUUAUUUCUUCCCCAUCUCAGACCAUGUUCUCACACUGAAGGACGACGGAACCUUCUACCGCUUUCAGACUCCAUACUUCUGGCCGUCGAACUGCUGGGAGCCAGAAAACACAGAUUACGCGGUUUACCUGUGUAAGAGAACCAUGCAGAAUAAAGCUCGCCUGGAGCUGGCGGAUUAUGAAGCUGAGAGUCUGGCCAGGCUACAAAGAGCUUUCGCACGGAAAUGGGAGUUUAUUUUUAUGCAAGCCGAAGCACAAGCGAAAGUAGAUAAAAAGCGGGACAAGAUCGAGCGCAAGAUCCUGGACAGUCAGGAACGGGCCUUCUGGGAUGUCCAUCGACCCGUGCCUGGCUGUGUGAACACAACUGAAGCCGACAUAAAGAAAUCCUCACGCAUGAAGCAACCGCACAAAACACGGAAGUCUGUUUACGGCCUACAGAAUGACAUCCGCAGUCACAGUCCAACACACACCAGCACACCAGAGGUCAGAGAACCGACAGAGGAUGAGCUGCGUACACAGAUACAGUACUGGCAAGCGCAGUUAGACAGACAUCGGUUAAAAAUGUCCAAAGUUGCAGAGAGUUUGUUGAGUUUCUCUGAACAGUAUAUGGAGUACGACCCUUUCUUCACGACGCCAGAGCCGUCAAACCCCUGGAUCUCUGAUGAUGUCACUUCCUGGGAGCUGGAGGCCAGUAAAGAGCCCGGUCAGCAGCGGGUGAAGCGUUGGGGUUUCUGCUUCGAUGAGGUCUUGAAGGAUCCGGUGGGCAGAGAACAGUUCCUCAAGUUUCUGGAGUCUGAGUUCAGCUCGGAGAAUCUGCGGUUUUGGCUGUCGGUUCAGGAACUCAAGAAACGACCCAUUCGUGAAGUACCCACCAGGGUUCAGGAGAUCUGGGAAGAGUUUCUGGCUCCUGGAGCUCCGAGUGCCAUUAACGUCGACUCCAAGAGCUAUGACAAAACCACACAGAACGUCAAAGAUCCCGGCAGAUACGCUUUUGAAGACGCUCAGGAGCACAUUUAUAAGCUGAUGAAGAGUGACUCCUACAGCCGCUUCAUCAGAUCCAGUGCCUACCAGGAGAUGCUGCAGGCCAAGAAAAAGAAAAGCAAGAAUCUUUUCUAGGCUGUGAAUCACAGGUCUGGCAGACGAAUGAGAGGCUUGUAAAACCAUGCUCAUGUCAGACGUCACGUCACAGCUUUGCUCCAGAACCAGCAGAUACAAUCACCUUCUUUCUUCAUCAUCCUCAUCGACACCAUUAUCAUCUUACAUGUCAGUCAUCUUUAUCUGUUUUUCAUCUUCAUUUUCAGUCAUAACAAUCUUCAUCAAUAUCAUCGGUCACGCUUUAUUUUGAUGGUCCGUUUGCUAAAUUUAAGUUACAUCACAACUAAUGCUCAUUAGAUUAAGAGUAGACUGUUAGGUUGGGGUAAGGGUUAGUUGACAUGUACUUGCUAAGUUUCUUAUAGUCAGUUAAAUGUCUGUUGAGUGUCUGUAUCAGCAGAUAAUCUAAUACUCUAAUGGACCAUCAAAAUAAAGUCUUACCAUAUCAUCAUCAACACAUACCUUUCUUCAUAACUAUCAUCUUCAUCACCAUAAUAUAACCGUCAUCAAUACCACUAUACUACUACUUUCAUUACCCUCAUCUUCUUCAUGACAGUCAUCUUCAUCAACACAAAUAGUUUUCUUCAUAACCAUCAUCAUCUUCAUGACAAUCUUCAUCUCCAUCAAUGUCAUCCUCAUCAACACAGUUUUCUUCAUAAUCAUCAUAAUAUAACAUCAUCAAUAUCACUAUACAUUUUUUUUCAGCAGCAUCAUCAUCAUCUUCCUCAUUAACACAACUGAUUUUCUUCAUAACAUCAUCACCAUCCUUUUCAUGACAAUCUUCAUCAUCAUAACAUAGCCAUCAUCAAUAAUCACUAUACAAUGUUUGUUUCAUCACCAUCUUCAUCAAUGUCCUCCUCAUCAACACAACAAAUUUUUGUCAUAACAUCAUCAUCACCACCUUCAUCAUCAUAAUAGAACUGUCAGCAAUAUCAUUGUACUAAUUCUGGUAAGACUUUAUUUUGAUGGUCCAUUAGAGUAUUAGUAGACCUCUGCUUAAUAUCUGCUAAACAGACAUUUAACUGACCAUACGUAACUUAGCAAGUACAUGUCAACUUACCCCAACCUAACAGUCUACUUAUAAUCUAAUGAGCAUUAGUUGGCAUGUAGAUGUAAUGUAACUUAAAUUCAACAAACGGCCAUCAAAAUAAAGAGACUAAUUAAUUUGAAUCUUUUUUCAUCCUCAACACGACAAUCUUCAUUAUCAUCAUCAAUACUUUAUCGCAAUCAUAAUAAUAUAUCGCUAUACAAUUGUUUUUCUUCAUCAUCAUCAUCGUCAUCUAAACACAAAUAUUCAGGGUUCAUACACAUUUCUACUACAAAAACUCCAUGACGUUUCCAGGACUUUCAUGAGCGAAUGUGUCCUGUAAUGUCUACAUAUACGUGGUAAAACCAUGCACGUUCAGUUUAUUACAGCAGAUCAUUCAAAGCAGUCUAUUCAGUUGAAAUGUAUUUUUAUAUCCAUGUCAAAUUGAUUUCAAUAAUCCUUGCACUAAUAAAGUGAGCGCAUGUGUUUGGCCAAGGACAGUAAAGACGAUUAACCAAUAUUCAACUACACAGAUAUUGGUUCAACUCAUUUCCGUGUUCUUCUGUCAAAAUUGCAUGACUUUUCCAGGUUUUCCAUGACCUUAUGAACCCUGAAUAACUGUGGCCAUCAUCAAUAUCACUGUAACAUCCUCAGAUCAUGUUCUUCAUCAUAUCUGGAGCUGUGGGACACAAGUCUUCGGAUCUUCAUCAUGUUCAGUCCCUCUUCUUCUCCUCUGAUGGCUUUAUUUUUCUACAACACACUGAUCUGCUGAAAGACUGAAGUGAACGGAUGAGUAAAGCAUCGCCCAGCUGACAGAAACACCUCUACACAAUCCUCUCUUUUUAAAUAGAUCUUUGUUUUGGGGGGUGAACAUUACAGGCUGACCAUAUGUCAGGUGGGGGGGCAUUUGGCCAUUUGAGUUUUCUAAAACUCCUCAUUUGUCUGGGCUUUUGCUUUCUGCAGUCCUCAGUAAUUGUAUGAGUUUUUGCAUUAUUUUCUCUAAGCAACAUUUGUGCACACCAGCAUUGGCCAGUGAACUGAAAUGUGGUCACACUAAGAUUAUAUUAGGACAUUGGCAACAUGAUGGGAAACAAAGGUUAGAUGUAUUGCUUCAGACAAGUAGUUUCAUUUGACCCAGGACCACAAAAACCAUCACAAGUGGACACUGAGAUUUAUACAUAAACCAAAAAUAUAAUCUGUCCAGUAAUAUUUGGCUGAGAUAUAAUCAUUUGGAAAUCUGAUAAUAAAAAAAAUACUGAGGAAAUCCACUUUAACUUUGUCUAGUUUCAGUGACUCAAGGAUGACACCCAGAUUUCACACACAGGGGGAUCUGAAGACAGAUAAGCUGGCCUGAAUACAGUCUUAUCAUCACUUAAUAUUAAAAAGUGUGGGCUAGCCAGAUUUGAAUCUCUUGUAAGCGCCUUAGUAAGGUACUGAGUAGUCAAAUCUGAUGAAGAUUCAGUUUUAAAAGCGAAACAAUUAUCAUACGUAGUCGUUUUCUUUUUUCUUUUUAAGAAAAAUUAAAUGUAGAAGAGAAGAUUGAGUGAUGACAGCAAAACAAACUAAUAUAAAGAGUGCAUAUCAGGACUGGGCCACCAAAUCCAUCCACAGUUCUGGAGGAUUUAACUUAUGUUUGCUCAUAACUGUAAUUGAACGUUUCUACAAAGUUUCCUGUCAGCUGGGAAACUCAAUCACUGCCAUUUGUUCCAGAUUAAUGUUAGAAAUAUGCUGAAAGGGUGCGUCGUCAAUAAUGGAUGUACAGUGUAGACUGCAAUUGAUGUUACUAAUAAUAAUAAAGCUAAUAAUGGACUGCUUUAACACUCAUAUUUGACCAUCUGAACAAUAAACAUGAGCCGGCUGUGUUUCCAUCAUUUGUUCUGGACACGACAGACGAAUGAAUGAUGACGUGUGUGUGUGUGAGAGAGAGAUCUGCGUCAUACAGUGUUUCAUUUCAGUUUCUUGUAAGGAGAAUCACUGCAAUCCAAAGAUUCUGAGCAGUGUGUGUGUGUGUGUGUGUGUGUGGCUUCAUUUACUGUAGAUUCACUGACUGUACAGAAAUACACUCUUCAAUAAAGGA